AAAAGAACAUAACAAUUUUAAUGAAAGCUUUUAUAUUUAGAUGUACAUAUAACCUAUAAUAUAGUUACUUAUGCUGGUAGCUUAUUUUAUUUUGUUGUUUGGUUCUAAAAAGAAACUUCUCUGAUGAGUAGUGGCAGGAGUUCCCAAAACUCUAACCGCUCAACUCGCAAACCAAGAAGAGAUCAUAGUCCUGUAAAUCGGAGAGAAAAGUCCCAUGAAGUACGUCGAAAUCGAUCAGAACAUGAGAAAUACAGAAGUGACCAUGAUCUUUCGCGCCAAGAUGAGGCGGAAAAAGAUAGAGAUAGAAAAAAGAAGGAGAAUACAAAGACAAAAAGACCAAGAAGUCCACGAAGAAUAAAAGACUCUUCAUCAUCAGACAGAAAGUUGGCAAAUCAGCGAAAAGAAGUAAAAAUUAAAUCUGAAACUAAAGAUAAGCCUCGAGAAAAGAAAACUGUUGAAGUAAUAGAGAGACAUCCGUUAUUUCAAGAUAACUCCAGAUUGGCACAAUUAAUAGCCCAAAUAACUAGCACCAAUGAAGAAAGUUCCAGACGUCAAUCAGCUGCUCAAAGCCUUCUGGAGUAUGUGUACGAUGCAGCUCAUUUGGAGCCCAUCAAGAGAAAUUGUUCAAACAUCUUCUCUGCAUUGGAGGAAGUCUUUUUGGAAAGAGGACACAAUGAAUUGAAAGAUAAAGUUAUACAGUGUUAUGCUUCUGUUGGACACGUUCUUGGUAUAGACUGCGACAAGUUCUUUCAAUGGGUGUUCUCAAAAAUCCCUUCAGCUGCAAACGAUAACCUACGCGUUCUUUAUUUGCGUACCAUAGCUGAAGCUAUUCUGUUAGAUGUUGGUAAAUUAGUGUUCUGUGAUACAAUGCCAAUGAUCAUGGCCAGCCUACAAGAUGUACUCGAAAAUGCAGAUGCUUCAGAACUACUGCUUAUUAUAUUGGAUGUUUUAAUAAUUGUUGCCAGAGAUUACCCACACAUCUUUGCAGAAUAUUUUCGGGACACUGUUGAUAUAUUGGUUGGAUGGCAUAUCGAUACUGCACAGAAUGAGCAACUGACAAAAAAGACUGCUGAUUGCUUGAUAAGCUUUCACCCAUAUUGGGUGUCAGAUAUGAGAUUCUCUUUGACUUUACUUGGGCAAUUUCUGGAAGACAUGGAAGCAUACGCUGAGGAACUGAGCAGUAUCACACAUGGCAGCUUCAGCAAAGAAGACACACCCUCUCCAUUUGUUUCGUUACCAAAAUUAACUGCCCUUACAAAAGUUUUUACAACUGUCGUGGCUGGUCUUGGGGAGUUUUUUAGUCCAGGCAGAGAAGCCAAAAUAACAGCCAACUAUAUUACAGAUACUGUUAAAAGGAUUAUCAAAUGUGUGGACAUUUGUGGAUAUGAUUUAAAAUUUGAAAAACUUCUCAUAGCUGCCAACGACUGUCUUACGGUACUUGUGGCGUCCCUGGGGACCAGCAUUAGUGUCAGUUGCUUAGGUCUUGUUUGUUUCGUCAAUGGUCAACUGGCAAACAUAGAUAAAAGCACAUACAGGUUACUGAAAUCUGCCCUGCUUCUUGUUGAAAAGGUUGUUUCGGUUGUUGGUCAAUCACUACCUGCUAACGUGAUUCCAGAAUUAAUUGGAAAUGACAAACCACUAGUUAAACUGAAACUCUUUGCUGAUCAAGAGCUACUUGCUGUACUUCUAAAGAUCUUUCAAACUCUACUUAGCAUUAAAAAUAUUCCCAUAUUGGAAAUGGUUUACAGGUUGUUUGUAGCUGAUAUUAUGUUGUCGUACAACACAUUGAUGACAUCGACAGAAGAUACAACUGUACUAAAUGAUGCAAGCAAUGAAACAGUAGUUAAGAACGGCGUUGUGAUACAGCCCUCAAGUAAAGGAAGCUUGGCAAUCAGGAAUGCAUACACCAGAGUUGUAUUCGAUUUAGCUGCAUUGGCAGAAAUAGCAAUUUAUAAAUCUUCGAUUACUGGUGCGUGGAAAGUUGAACCAUCUACAUAUUCUUUGCUGACAUCUAUGAUGGACCCCUCUAAUGCUGCACUGGCAAAGAAUUUUCCUGGGGUUCAAUUUGCCAUAUUAUCAACGCUGUUUUGUCAUUCUCAGCGAUGCAACAAUUUCAUUCCCAGUAGCAAGACAAAAAGUACUUUUCAUUCUGAAGAGUCAGUUCACCUUAUACAGAUGUUGUGCAAGAUUCAAUUUAAUCCAGAUGUUAGCAGUGAUGUGAAAUGUCUUUGUGCUGUUUGGCUAAGUGAUAUUGCUAAUUCAAUAGCUGCCCUGCCUAUGGAUGUUCAAAAGCGACAAUGGGAUUUGAUGCAAGUAGUUGAUGCCCUCAUACUUUUGUGUUAUGAUUUUGAGCCAUCCAUACGAAAGGAAGCUGCAAAUUCAAUCCUCAAACUUACAAAAACUAACUUGGUGCAUCCAAUGGUGUUAGGAAGGUUGUUGGGUGAAUGUUUACCUCAUUUGACUGAUACGAAUCAAAGUGUGCGUGACGGUUUCAGGAAAAUGGUGACUUCCUUUCCUGCUGAUUUAUUAGCAAGUUUACCAACCAUAGCAGCACAUUUUAACAAGACACAUUUUUUGGGUUUGCCUCAUACAUUGUUUGUCUCUUGCAAAGAUGACUUGUGGCUGCAAUGCAAGAAACACAUGUGCAGAUUACCAACUGGAACUUUGCAUUCUUAUGGCUUUAAAUUGAUUAUGAAUUAUCUGUUGACGCCUAAAACAAAGCAAAACCAAAACAAUGAACAGUGGACAGAAAAUAUUUUCUUUACCUCACAACGCUUGGGUAAGAUUGCAGAACCGGUCUCUGGAGACAUAAAUGCAUUUCAGCGUUUCAUCAGCACCCUCGAUUCCACAUUUCCUAUAAAUGGUAGCCAUUUUGAAAGUGUAUUGUGUUUUUGGUUAACAUGGGAGGCAGCAAACUUUUGCGUACUGUCCAGACUAAAGACCCCAUUAGGAAAAGCAAUAGACACAUUCCAAACCAUAGAAGGAGUCUUGAAGGACCUUGAAUCGAAGUUUAGAGAAAAGACAAAGUGCGACAAAACAGAGAAAAAAGUAAAGAGUAAACAGAAAGAAUCCAAUCAACAGCAGAAUACUGAAACUUCAAAUCACAUGUAUGUACAGCAAGCAGUCUUGCUUUUACACUUCCUUGAAAAUUUGGAAAAGUUAAUGUAUAAUGCAUACGAAGGAACAGCAACAUCCUUACCACCCGCCAUCAGGGCUGUGAGAACGUUUUUUCGAACCAACCGUAGCACAUGUUAUGAGUGGUUGAAUCGCAUACAAGGUAGUAUCACAAUCCUUGCAAGUUUAUGUGGCAGUCCAGAGAAAGCAAUAAGAACUGGUUUUUUGUGGUUGCAACGUUUAAAGAACAAUGGCAACACACAGGGCUCUGAAUUUGAGCAUGCUAUUGUAACAGUUGUGGACGCACUUACCCAACUUCAUUGCUACGAAUGUGUGCAUGGUGUCCUUGAGUGGUCACGAAAAGUUGUUGGAAGAAACUUUUUUUGGCUGAAUGGAGCAAUACCUAAAGCGAAAGGAAGUUUAGAGAAUGCUGCAGAACAGCUAAAAUUCUCCUUGCAAAAUUACUUAUCUCCUGAUCGUUUGAAAUCUGAAAAUGUUGGUGAAGUCAAAAAAGCAACCGUAACCUUACUUACUAAAGAUCCUGUGAUAAAUGCGGACUCAAUCAGCACCCAAUUUUUAGUUGGCCAGGUUACUGAUUGCUAUUUGCAACUUUGUGAUUGGAAUGAAGUUCAAGAAUGGAACAAAACAGUCAAUGAACUACACCAGAAAUUUCCCUCUGUGGAGGGGCUCUUUUCAACAAUUGAUCAUAGUUAUGUGAAGGCAAUGAUGAAAUUUGAGGAGCAUGACUUCGCUGCAGUACAUGAACAAUUAGAGAUGAUCCCUGGAGCAACUGUUUCCAACAUCUUGCAAGAACAGUUUCCUGUACUUGGUACUGUAAAAGAGGAAAAGGAUUUACGUUUGAAUAAGUACACACAGGAAUCGAGCUCACCUUCUUCAUCACUAGCCGACAGUUUAACUCCUCAGGCAAUGCUGUGUCAGAGUCGUAUAUAUUUGAUGCAAGCCUUAACAUUGUAUUGGACAUCUGGUUUAAAUACUCUGAAAGGAAGUAGAGUGGGUAGCCUUCAUAGCUCUGCAUGGGAAACUGUUGAUAAUCUACUUUCUCAAGCCAACGAAGCAGCUUCAACGCCACUCCAUUGUAUGCUAUUAAACUACUCCAUGAAAAAUGCAGCACCUUUUCUAAUGCAACUGAAAUCCAUUACUGCUAUCAGAGAAACACUGAUGGUUACAGAUAUAAACCUGGGCAAUGACGAAACCAUGUUCAUGAACGUGUAUGGACAAAACCAAUACAUUGAUGCAAGCAAAACAGAUAUAUCCAUCUUAAAUGAAGCAUUACGAACUACAUCCUAUUUACAAUAUCACCACUCACUGCACAAGAAAGGUUGGGUUGGUCCUGCUGUCCAUUCUGGUGAUAAAUUGCCUGAUGUUCAGAUGUUGCAAGUGAUGACUGCCAAGUUAGCUCGGAAACAAGGAAAUAAAAAGUUAGCUGAAUCUUUACUUGCCAAACAGCUCAGUCUGUUGGAAUCUAAAGGAGCAAUGGAUGGAAAAAUGUAUCUGACAGGCGGUGCACAAUUAAAGUUAAAGCAACUUACAGCAUCAGUGAGUUCAGGAAAAAUUGUAGAUCCUCUGGCCUCAGUCGAUAUUUUAAAAGAGUCUGCUAAGCUUAAACGAACUUUAGGCAAUACCUCAGAAGCCAUUGAUGUCAUGUGUUCCAGCAUUUUACUUUCUGAAAGACAGUUACAUGCUGGCAUAAGUAAAUCAAGUAAUAGUUAUGCAAAAUUAUCAGAAGUUUUGGCACGUUCUUACGUGACACUUGCUAAAUGGAUGCUUACAGAAAAUAGAGUUUUAAGUCCUAUUGGUGAAGCAGAAGAAACAGUGUCCAUAGGACCAAAAGUGAGAGAAGUUAUAAAAGUUGCUGGGAAAUCUGGUGGAGGUCUUUCAAAAGUACUGCUCAAUGCAACUUCGAAGUUAACAAUGAUGGCAGAAGGCGAUGUUAUAUGUGGACAUUUACUCCAUAACAGUACAUACAGAUGCCCAACUUUAGGAAAGACCUGGUUUGCCUAUGCAGAUUGGUGUUAUAAAUGGGGAAGAAAGACAGUUGAGCAAGAGAGCACUUCUACCAACAUUGAGCUUCUUGAUGAAGAAAAGGACUUAGUGAAAAAGGCAUUGCCAAAGGGUACAUCAGAAACUAUUGUAGAGAAAGUUAUCAAUGUGCUGAACAAAGCAUACAGUGCAAAAGAAUUUAAUAUGAUUGACGAAGACAUUUCGAAUGUUUCAGAUGAGGCAGGUGACGAUGUCGACGUAGAAAAAAUCAAAAAUCAAUUGCUUGCUGCUACUGAUCAUGCAAUAGCUGGCAAUGCAGAAGUCUUAAACUCCCUUAUUGGUGUAUGGACUGGUAUAAUCGACAGAGUUUUCUCACAUUAUAAACAAGCAGCCACAGCUUACUUCACUUAUUUGAAGUUGAGUGGCACUGAGUCAUUUGAGCCUCCAGAUGUUCUUAAGAGAAGCGAAUAUGGAAACAUUACAGCCACACUACGUUUGCUGAGGUUGCUGGUCAAGUAUUCUGGUGAGCUGAAGCAACACAUGCAAGAUCCAUUCAGUCAAACACCCACAAAGCCAUGGAGAAGCAUUAUACCACAGUUAUUUGCCAGAUUAAAUCAUCCUGAGAAGUAUGUUCAAACCAUGGUUGCAAAUUUGCUCUGUCGUAUUGCAAAAGACUCUCCACAGUUGAUCGUUUACCCCACUGUUGUUGGAUGCACAGAUAUGAUGCCACAACAGCAACUCAGCAAGAGUUCUGCGGCAGGAAUACUGCGAGCUUACCAAUACCAAGAUGAAGACGAGUGUGAGCAACCUGUUGCUGAAGAUUCUAGUCAAGAUGACGAUAUCAGCGUAGUCUCACAAGCAGAUACUGAAGCUGCCUCCUCGCAAGAGGAACAGCCUAUAAUAUCAGUUGAAGAAAAAGCCAUGCUAUCCUCUCUCCAUGUCAUCCUGGACACUUUAACUGAAGAUACUCCAUUACUUGUACAAGAAGUGAAAUGCGUAAUACAGGAAUUGCGUAGAAUUACUCUCCUCUGGGAUGAGCUGUGGUUAGGUUCGCUUACGCAACUCCACCAAGAAGCUCAGCGACGCAUGCAUCAAUUGGAUGCAGAGAUCAAGAGAGUGAACGCAAAUAAUACUUUGUCUGAAUUGCAAAAAUCUGGAUUGAUAAAAGAGAAGCAUUCUGCUCUUAUGAAGCCUUUAUUUUAUGCCCUCGAGCGACUACACAAGAUUACCAGUCAACAGCCUGAAACACCACACGAGCAAGCCUUUCAAAACAACUUUGGUGCACAAAUUAAUAAAGCUAUUGAUGCAUUAAAAAAUCCUGUUAAUCCAUCAGCACCAGAGCAGAGUUGGGAGCUAGCAAAGCAGUUGUACCAAACUCUUCAAAUGCGUGCGCAGAAGAAACCAAUGAACAAUUUGGCAAUGGAAGAAAUCAGCCCAACUUUGUCGAAGGGUAACUUUCAGUUACUACCACUUCCCGGGAUUGAAGGAAUCGAGGAACAGACAAUCAGCUUAAAGACCUUCAGCAAUGAUAUUCAAAUUCUCCCAACGAAAACAAAACCGAAGAAACUUAUCAUGAUUGGUUCAGAUGGACAAAGAUAUCCAUACUUGUUCAAAGGAUUGGAAGAUCUUCACUUGGACGAACGGAUCAUGCAGUUCUUGGAGAUUUGUAAUCACAUGUUUUCGAAGGAGGACAAGUCUGGUGAGAAAAAAUACUUUGCUCGACAUUAUUCUGUAACUCCUCUUGGGCCACGUUCUGGAUUGAUACAAUGGGUGGAUGGUGCUACUCCGUUAUUUGCGUUAUAUCGGCGAUGGCAACAGCGAGAAGCUGCUGCGCAAGCCUUACUUAAAACUCAGGCUGACAAGAACGCACCAGUCCCUGUGCAACCUCCUUUAAGACCAACUGAAUUGUUCCAUAACAAAAUAAACCCCUUACUGAAAGAGAAGGGUAUCGACAUGAGCACUUCACGCAAGGAAUGGCCUUUAAGUGUUUUAAAAAAAGCUUUGCAAGAGCUUAGUAACGACACGCCAGUAGACUUGUUAAGUCGUGAAUUAUGGUGUGCGAGUACCAACGCUGCUGAUUGGUGGGCUGUCACGCAGUCUUACUCACGCUCCGUCGCUGUAAUGUCGAUGAUCGGUUACGUGAUUGGAUUGGGAGAUCGUCACCUGGAUAAUAUAUUGGUCGAUUUAACUACAGGAGAGGUUGUUCAUAUUGACUACAACGUUUGCUUCGAGAAAGGAAAAGCUCUGCGAGUUCCGGAAAAGGUACCGUUUCGAAUGACGCGAAAUAUGGAAGCUGCUCUUGGUGUGACUGGCGUAGAGGGAAUUUUCCGCAGCUCAUGCGAGAAAGUGAUGCACACACUGCGUCAAGGUCGUGAAAUUCUAUUGACACUCCUUGAAGCGUUUGUAUACGAUCCCUUGAUUGAUUGGACGACAGCCAACGAUGCAGCGUUUGCUGGUGCUUUUUACGGAGGGGGAGCUGGUGCCGACGAAGGUAACAAAUUCAGUAGAAAAGAAAUGGAGAGAGGAAUCACGCAGACGUUGUUGUCGACUCGCGUAGCAGAGAUGAGCGUGCUUUGGACUGCUAAUAAGAACGAGCUGAUAUCGUCAGUAAAUAAACUAAAAACAUUGUUGGAACAUUACUUGCAGACGUUGAACAGUCAGUGGUACUCUCAACAAGAAAUUUCCACACUGCAACAUCAAGCUAGCUUGUUGAAAGCAGCACUGGUGAAAUCUGAUCAUCCAUUACAUAGCUUGCAGUCAAGGUAUGAUAAACAAGAAAAGCUGUUAUCAGAUUUAAAGAGUUCAAAAGAUAAGAUACAAGAAAAAUUGUUGGAAUGUGACCAAAUGCAAAACGAAUUCAAACACGCGUUCAUGGCUAUUCAAGGAAAUCAUUUCACGAAUUUAUUCACGGAAGUUUGCAAGCUAGCUGACGUAGGCUCCCCGUGUUACGGUCCUGCAGUCAACUUUCUGAACAGUGCUGGUCAAUCGAACGUGGUAGCUCAGUGCGAGCAAAUCGAAGAGGAGCUCUCGUCAGCCUUAAACCAGAGACGCAGUGCGUUGCGAGCAUGUCUUGAGACCAUACUGUCAUAUUCAAGUCUUGUUAGUCAAUUUAAUAGCGAUUACAUGAUCCAUCAGAGUUUGUCCCAUUGGGUACCUCUGCUCAAGUCCAUUCUUGUGGAACCAUCAUCUGAAAAAUGUUUAGAAGCAUUGACGUUGCAUCAAAGUAUGGUGACGCAAAGAAAUAAAAUCAGAAAAGACGUGGAGCCAUUGGUGCGUGCUUUAGAAGCAAAACUGAAUCAGUAUUUCACCGAACAGAAUAGUCGUUUGAUAAAACUGUGUGAUCGUCGCAACCACGAACAGGCGAGCACAUCAACACUAUCCGGUCCUGUCACGGAAACAUGGAACGCGUUGAGAAAAUUUAACGGUGACGCAGGCGCUGCUGGUGCGACAAGUUUAGCAUGCGUUACAGUCACUGCGUUGUCCACGCUGAACAAGCGACAGUUGGUGAUGGAAAACGCGGCUGCUGGGGCCGGUGAUCGUUUAAUGCAUCUGACGUCACGUGACGGCGAUUGGUUUCUCGACGAACUUUCAACGAUGUGCGGCAACACGUCACAACUGCUGUCGGUGUUAAAAAACAAUCCGCUUCGUGUGUCUCCACAGAAAAAUAAGGGCAACGCCCAAGGUGACGUGAUGGACAACAUAUCUGUGGGAAUGCAAGUCGUGUUUGCUUCUGUGAAAACCUACAACAGUUUGCAAGAACUCAUGUCUAACUUCCGUACCAUCAUAGUCCCCGAAGCUGUGAAGGCUUUCCUGAAGAACGACCCGUCUGUUCUACGUAUCACUGAAGCUGUCAAAGCGGUGGUCGAUUCCAGCGAAAUCAAACUCCACGAACUGUGCGAUAAAUACCAGGAAGCGUUCAAGGAGCGACAAGAUGUUACAGAGGAAGUUACGAAUAUAGUCAACUCUCUGAAGAAUCGCUUGGAGCAGUUGGUUGAAGCAGACACUGAGCAAGACGAGGGUGCAAAUCAUGGAACACCAGUGAUGACGGCCGGUCAGAUGUUGCUAGCUGGAUUCAAUGGGCUUUUCACUAAAGUCGAUGGCGAGUUAUUAGCCUUGUACGAGAUAUUUCGUAAACUGAAAGUGCCAGAAGGAUAUGAUAAUAUUGAUCUCCAGCAAGAGCAGAAGAAAUUGAAGCUCAGCAAGAUAAUGUGUUUCUCUGUAAACUCGAAAUGGUUGAGCUUCUUAUUCUUGAAGAAGUUGGUUGUGAUUCAUGGUUUCUUUGAUGCAUGUCUCCAACAAUCCACCGCCACCCGUGACAUUGAUGCAAUGACGAAAGUCUUGAACAAACAAGUGGAAGAGACUGGUGAGAAGUUCUUGCGAGUUUUUAACGAAGAGUUGUUGUCGUUGCCGGUGAAACAGUUCAUUGCAGAAUGCGUGCAGUUUUUCAUCAUUGGUAUACCUUCUCAAGCUCUCACGGCGCUCUCGGUGAACUAUAUCGGCUUGCUGGCUCCGGUCGUGGCGAAAGAUAUUAGAGAUAGGAAGGUGACGUUCACAUUUGAAGACGUUUGCAAGAAGAUUGUCGAGUACAAUUUGAAAUCAAAUUCUUUCCCUCACCACCACCUGUCUCAAGCUAGCUGUUUAAUUAAUGCACACGACGCAGCAUGGAGAAAGUACGACCUUGUCAGGCGAUUGGAUGCAUCUAUUGUUGCACAAAAGGAAGUGGUCCAGCGAGCACAACUGCAACUGGCUAGGUUUCAGUGGCUGCACGAGGAGAUUGUGGUUUCUGGAAACAGAAAAAAAAUCCCUCUUGCUAACCCGACAAAGUUGUCAAUUAUCAAUGAGAUUAGGAAAAAAUUGCAGGCUAUAAAUCAAGUUGAGCAAAGUAUGCCGAACCUGAUGGACAGGUACGCCCAACUGCAGUCCAGUAUUGAGCAACGCUUAAAAUGGGCGUCGGGCGCUAACCCGGCUUUGAAUAUCGUAUUGCAAGAAUUUGGUGAUGCAGUGAGCGAGCGAAAAGCAGUGUUUCUGAGUGAGAGCAAAUUAACACCUCAAGUGCAUGGUCUGGCUAAUGCAAUCGUAAAGAUGGAAAUGUUCAAAUCAAAUGUGAAUGACUCCAACAUUUUCGAUCAAGCGAUAGUUUCUAUCUUGCAAGAGUGUCAAGUCUCUUGCGAAGCCUUUGAAAACUGCAUGGGUGACCUUGGUGACGUAGAACAGUUUAUGAACAGCUUGCAGAUAUCUGUCCCUCCAAAAGAACCAAUCACCAUAAAUUGGAUGAAGUCAAGGGUGGACCUCAUCGAUUCUCAGAUGAAAUCUGUUCGAUUGAAAGAACCCACGAUGAAAAGCGCUAUUCAAGUUGAAAGGGAGAGCCUGAAAUCUCAAGUGUCGGUUGUGAAGGGUAAUUUCACAUCCCAUCAUGCAUUGGUAGGGGAAGUGAAGACCAUGUUGAAAACAUUGGCAAAGGACGAAGAAGCAGAGGAAUGUUUGAACGUGCGACACUUCAUACAAGCUCAUAAUAAAUUCUCUGAAGAUUCUUCGAUUGUUUUGAAGAAAAUUCUUAGUUUGGCUAGCGUUAGUCGUGCUGACGUAACAGAUGAAAUAGCACGGUUGAAUGAGGAAGACUCGAGCACUGUUAUUGCAAUGAUGGCGGAUCUGACAGUUAGUGUGAGCACAUUGCACGACCAACUGUUGUUGUUUGGCAUGAGCUCGCUGCGUUCGACAGAAGUAAACGGCCAAGACUCGUUUGCAUCAGCUCUGCGCAAGAGCGAUGUAGCAAUCCUGGAGGGCGCUGAUGAAUCAGUUUUGCAGGAAGCCCAAGGUGACGGUGGUGGACAACCGUCGCUGAGUAACCUGACAGCUAGCGGGAAGGAGAAUGUUGCGAAGACUCCCAUGUUGACGACGCCUCCUGUUGUUCCGCCCAAUAAAUUAGCUGCUUUGACACCGAAGAAAAACCCAGGCGUCCUUGCCAGAGAUCCUAAGACUGGAAAAGCUUUGCAAGAAAAAAAUCUUUAUGCUCUAAACGUAUGGAAGCGAGUGAAAGCAAAGUUAGAAGGUCGAGAUCUUGACUCGAGCAGAAGAGCUGCUGUUUCUGAACAAGUAGCUCACAUAAUCCAGGAAGCAACAAGUCAAGACAACCUGUCACAACUGUAUGAAGGAUGGACACCGUGGGUGUAACUGGUCAAAUUGCAAUGAAUAAAUGAAGUGAAUGAACAUAGUGAAAUGGUAGCAGUUAAAUCUGCUGACCCAAGCCGAUACUCAACUACACGAGUUCUUCUUCCUCAUUUGUAUGACUUCUGGCUUACGUAUUUUAACAACUGGAGCUCACCGGGUGAAGCAUGCGAGAGGAAAACUGUAUUUCUUGUGGUGGUGUAGUUUUAAUUAGACGCGCAAGAUGUUUGCUAUAAUUUUGAUGAUUUACUUGGCUUAAAAUGACGCGGAAGAAUUGAUGGAUCAGGAAGAUAAAUCCAUGGAGAUGGAUAGAAUGAACAAUAAACCUAAACGGGGACAUUUUUUCUUUUUCAGUAUAUAACGUGAUGUAUUUGAUUAAACAUGUAUCUUGGGUGUUAGUUA